GUUAGUGCAGCUCUGUCGACUCCUCUAAAGGGUGGUGCUGCUAAUUAUCAGCAAUGUUCAUAGACAACGGGAAAUUGACCCUACUGCUGGUCUUAGUGUUACUGAGUGCUUCGGGCUGCACAACAACGAAUUCGUUGUGCGAGCCGUAUCCUUCACUGGAAUUUAAGGAUGAGGGAAUGCAGUGCUCUGGUAUGAGGGUGACGCAGGUGCCGAGGUUGCUGAAGAACAGCCUGCAGAUGUUGCUCCUGACGGGUACAGCCAUCUCGUCUCUGGACAACUCCACCUUCCGUGGCCUUGAGUUUCCGCAGCUGACGACGCUGUAUGUAGCUCAGGGUAAUCUAUCCAGCGUCGCAGCCCACGCCUUCUGCACCCUGCCGGUGCUGACAAAGCUCUACUUGUCCAGCAACCGGUUGGAUAAGCUAGACGACUUGAGUUUCACCUGUAACAAAUUUUUAAAAACCGUAAACUUGGAGGAUAACCCCAGCCUCCGUCACCUGCCACGACUGGUCAGCUCUUCCGUGGAACGUCUGUACCUGGACAACUGCAACCUUGCCACCAUGGACAUUACUACCGUGGAGGGGAUGACAGCCCUGAAGGUUCUCUCUCUGGCGGGUAAUCGAGAUCUCCACUGCCAGUCCAUAAAGACGCAGUUCAAGCAGGCUCGGCCAGAACUGCUGGUCAUCUGCGAAUAUUCUGCUGGAGAUCUCCCUUCUUCCACAUUACCUGGUGAAGAGGAAUGGACUUCCGAAAAACCUUGCACUGAGUCAUAUAUACCAGCAAUAGCGUCUACUGACCCUCACAUUGUAGUUACUGUAAUUUUUACAACUUUUAUUAUAGUUAGUGUAAUUAUUAUAGUCGUAAUUAUUAUUAAAAUUUUUAUGAGUAAUCGUAAUAAUCAUAUAAAUCAAAAUACAAAUAACCAUAAAUUAUCAUUAAAAAUAAAUAUUUAAUACGUAUUAUAAAUUAUUAUUAAUAGUUAUUAUAAUAAGUAUUUUAAUUCGUUACAGUAGUUUAAGGUGCCGCGAAAUUAUAGCUUUAAAAUUUGAAAUUAUUACCAUUGAAAGAAUUUCAGUUGUGCAUAGUGUGUACAUACUUCAUUCUAAACUCACCAUCCUGUAAUCAUUAUCAACAGCUACUAAAAGCUAAAGAAUGGAAAUCUUGCCAAAAAAUAUUAUCGUUUGUUACCAUUUUUUACAGCUGUCAAUAAAUUCACCGGUGCAAGCAGUUUUUGACAGGAACGCAAUUCGUAAUAUUGGUUAGCCCUGUCGAACUGUGACCAACAGAGAAACUUUUUGAUAUGUAUCAGCACUGAAAACGGCAACAUACAGCAAUUUUUCCAUCACAGAAUAUAAAAUAGGUAAAUGAUUAUCGGCAGUUUCCUUUCCAUUACCGCUAUGAAGUUGUUGCAAUAGAAAAUCGUUGUCCCGCUGCGACUGUAAACUGCUGUCAGAAACCGGUAUUUUUAAAUAAAUAUUAAUUUUUGACAACAGUUUAAAGCUGAGUGGAAUCACAGUUCUUAAAUUUAACCAGCCAGGGAAGAGGCCAGUCUCAUGCCCAACGUAAGGUAGGAGUGAAUAGUGGUCAAUUAGUAAUAGUCGAAUUUAUAUUGUACUGUAUGGUUGUGAGUGGCAGAAUUUAAUCGGUUCUAGGUAAGUUUUCCGAAGAAAGUUCAUUCACUCGUUUCACUCGUUCAUUAACUUUCUUAGGAAAACUUACCCAGAACCAACCAAGUUCUUCUAAUCUUCCAAAUUGUUUCACCUAUAGCUCACCUUUGUUACGAUAAAAACUUGACUUUUUUCUGAAAAAGCGAAAGUAAGCAAAAAGCUUAAUAUAUUCUGAAAAAUGUGAAAAUAAGGAUAUCCUCUAGGACUUAUUUAUCUAAAAUUCUCCUCUUUAUUUCUUGUUUAACAGCCAUGAGAUUUUUAUGAACUCUCAAUUGUUCAUAUUUAUUGAGGUAAGACCUGGUCACAAUUUCACGUUAAAUAUAAACAUUUAGCAUUAAACGUAAUCAACCAGAAGAUGUUGGUUCUUACUUGGGACAGUACAAAAUUUCUAAUUCUGGUCGAAGACUACUAGAUGAAAUAUGAACGAAUCCUUCUUUCUUUGAGAUUAUUGCUUUCUUCAUUUCAAUAAAUUUGUUUUUAUUGGAACCUUUAAUAACAUAUAUAAAUGACUUGCCAUUAUGUUCACUCAGUAACCAUACAUAUAUAAACUUAUUUUUAUCUUUAUCACAUAACCGUAAAUUGUAUAAACUCCAUUGUGGGAAAAUGUAUCCAUUGUUGUUUAAAAUAAUUUUUUAUUUGUUCUUCGCUUUCUAUCAUUUUUUGUUCCUUCUGCAGAAUAUUCUUGUGUUCUCCCUUUAAAGACUAUAUAUCACCCAAAUAUUCCAGUUUUCUUUCUUGUGUGCUUACGUUUUCUCAUUCUUGUUCUCGUUUCCUAGUAGAAUCUAAAUAUAUCAUAUUAGUUUUUUUUUAAUUUCUUUAAUUGUAUAUGGAUAAAGUUUGCUGUGGACAUUCAUUCUUCUUCUACACACAAAUGGGAUAAUAUUAUUUGUUUUUAUUAAUGCAAAUUAUUCGAUAUUUAUUUCUUUGGAUAUUGCCGAAUAUGAGCUAUUAGAUUUAGAGCAAUAUCUAUCUCCAGAUUUUAUAAAGCAUGUUCCUUUCACAGAAAUUACAUUCUCUGUCUCUUCGAAAAUUUCUAUACAGUUAAUGGCAAAAAUCACAUAAAAUGAAUUUAAUCAAUUUUUCGCUUUCUUCUUUAUUACCUUUUCCCAUUUUUAAUUGUAUUGAUGUCAAUUUUUUCGCAUUUUUGCUACUGCAACAGACAUAUUGCAGUAGACAACAAGUAUUUGGUAACGAAUGUGUUAAUUUUUACCAUAUUUUGGACAAUGAAACAGAAUAAAAAGGACCAUUCUCAAAAUAUUUGCUGUUAUUUGCUAUUAAUUCUAAACAGCCUGUUAACGGAUCGAAUUCUUGUUCUUUUUGGGGAAUCUGGGUUAAUAUAAUUGUAAAUUCUUCCUUCCUGUCUUGUAAUUCUAUUUUCUUUAGCUAAUUUAGAAGCAUAUGUUUUCUUUAAUCUACUGACGACAAUUUAAAAAUCUAUGAUGUGAUUGCCUAGAUGUUUCUUAGCUCCUGGACGUCCGCUGUUCAUGGUCUAGUGGCUUGCGUUGCUACCUCUGGAUCACCAGGUCCCAGGUUACAUUCCUGUCUGGGUUGGGGAUUUUCUCUGCCUGGGGGCAGGGUGUUUGUGUUGUCCUCAUCAUACCAUCAUCAUUCGUGAAAGUGACUCGAUUGGACUGUGCACAGACUGGGAAUGUGCAAGGGCGCUGAUAACCAUACAGUUGAGUUGCCCACAAAUCAAACAUCAUCAUAACUGCUGGACUUGUUAACUACCAGAUGAAUUUGUUUCAGAUUUUCACUCUGUAGUUACGAUUUACCCAUGUUAAGCAGUCUUUUCCUACAGAAUUAUUGUUGUUGUUUUACAUGAAUAUGAAAAUGAAAAUUACUUGUUUAAUUUUUGCAGAUUUUUGUUAAAAAUUAGAGCAAAAUCUUGUGUUACGUCUAAAUGUAAUUAAAACAGUGUUCUUUAUGAAGUUCUUUUAAUACUGCAACAGUCUUGGCAUCUGAUAAUUCUUUCUUGUAAGGAAUAAUAGCUGGGUUAAUAUAUUUAUUUCUUAUAAUAUCCAUAUCUGCAUUAAUAACUUGUUUAGCCUCUUUAGAUGUUUUUAUAUUCGAAUCUCAGGCAAGAGGUAACUUAGCUUUAACAGCAUGUCUAACACAACAAAAUUUAGAAAGUGCUCCUGUCAAGCAAGUGUUAAAUGAUCUGCAUACCUCUCUCUUAACUAAAAAUUUUUUUCACCUACAUCUUUCGGACAGUGUAUUAAAGCUGUAAUUUUAGCUAUCAUAAAAUUAUCUCAGAAUGAUUAUUUAACUGGUAAAAAUUCUAUUUUUUCCUGUUUUGUAUAAUCAAUAUCCUCAGUGUUUGUAAUAAGAUUAUUAUUAUUAUUUAUGUCAUCUGUAAGUAACCAUAAGCCAAGUCUCUCGCUAGUUGGUUUUGUUUUAUUUCCCAGAAGCUCUUUUAUCAAAUAUUUUUUAUUUGUAGCACACAUUUUAUUUUCUGCAUCCACUUAUAGCGCUAAAAGACAUUUGAAUUGUGUAAAAGCAACUACAAUUAGAGAUUCAAAAUUAUUAUUAAAAAAUACAAAAUUAAAUUUUUUCAAAUAGUAGCUGAAACUGCGUUAGCUGAAAGUGAAGUAGAGUAUUAUUUUACCUGUUUGGUUUACUUGUCUUAGUUUUUAUUCUUACACUUUUCUUCUUCUAGUUUUCCAAUACAUUGUUCUUUUCCUUCGAUUGUUAAUUUAAUUUCAAAUUCGAUUGGAAGUUGUUCAUUUUUUUGUUCUUUUUCUUCUGUAGCCAUUUGCUAUUUAUAUUCAGUGUGUUUCCUUACUGAAGUCAAAACUUCAUCACAAGCCCAAUCUUGAAAUUUUUCAGCUUGCUUCAUUUUUGAUUUCAUAAUUAGAGAUUAGAGACCUGGUUCGUUAAUAAAUGCAGUAUGUAGUUGCAUGUUUGAAAUGUGUAACAGAUGGUUACGUCUCAUCCCAUCAAAUAAAAUACAAUAAUGUUAAGGAAAAUAAUUUCUUUACAUCCAAAAUAAACUGAUGAAAAUGACUUAAUUUGAA